AUGGCCAGCGCGAAUUCACAAAACGACAUUGUCAUUGUCGGUGCGGGCAUCAUCGGCUUGUAUGUCGCCCUCGCUCUCGCCCAGCGCGGCCAUGGACGCUCCAUCUCCGUCCUCGCCGAGUACCUUCCAGGGGACACGGCCGUGGCGUAUACCUCACCGUGGGCCGGGUGUAACUUCUCAGCCAUUUCCGGCACCGAUGCCAAUGCCAUCCGCUGGGACAAGGCUGGAUACGAAUUCCUGCGGGGGAUCGAAGCAACCGUCGGCGACAAGUCUUUCGUGAAGAGGACGCCUUCUACCGAGAUGUGGGAUGAUGUUGUGCCACAUGACAAGAUCAAGGCCAUGUCCGAGUAUCUUGAAAACUUUCGGAUUAUUCCCUCCGAGAAGCUUCCAAAGGGUGUCGUGUUCGCCGUGUCAUUCACCACCGUCACGAUCAACGCCCCCAAGUUCAUGGAGUAUCUUCAUGCGCGCCUGCAGAAUGAAUAUGGUGUCCGCUUCCAGAGGCAGAAGAUUGACCACAUCGCAUCCGCAUUCACACCCUCCACCAGGAUCGUCUUCAACUGCACCGGCAAUGCGGCAAGGUCCCUGGGCGGUGUUGAGGACCCCAAGUGCUACCCGACGCGCGGGCAAGUGGUCUUGGUUCGAGCGCCUAGCGUGAAGCGCAACAUGAUGCGACAUGGCCUUGACCAUGAGACCUAUAUCAUUCCGCGACCGGGGACGAGUGGCCAUGUCAUUCUCGGAGGCUACAUGCAGAAGGGAAACAACGAUGGUUCGACAUACAAGUCGGAGACCGAAUCGAUCCUGGAGCGCACAAGGGGUUUAAGCAAGGACUUGCGUGCCGGACAGCUCGAGAUUCUCGCCACGGUCGCUGGAAUGCGGCCUUCGAGGGAAGGGGGCGCGAGAAUUGAGAGGGAGCAAAGAGCAGUCCACGGCCAACAACGCGCUCUGGUUCAUAAUUACGGCGCCGGCGGUACUGGCUUCCAAGCUGGAUUUGGCAUGGCGCUCGAGGCUGUGCAGCAUGUAGAGGACGUAUUGGCAACACUAGAUACUGCUCGAACACCUGCCCGGCUGUAG